UCCAGCUAUCUCGCUGUUAGGUGAAAAAGAACCCCAGAGAAAUCUGGAGCUCAUCUUUGCACUGUAACCGCUAUUGCUUCUUCGGCCCCACCUCGUACCACAACCAAUCUUAUCUUUUCCUUCUCUUUUCUCCUUCUUAUAUAUAUAUUUUGCUCCCAAAUCUAGUCUCCCCUACUGCAGUACUGCAUCCCUCUCUCUCUCUCUGUUGGGUAAAGGAUGGAAGUCAGAAGAUUACAAAAGAGUUGUCUUCUGCUAUUUUUCUGCUUUGUUGGUUUCUGCCACUCUGAAUUUGCUCCGAAAUACACGUUCCUGAAGCAAGCAACUGAAGCCCCAGCCGUCUCCUACUACGACUACAUAAUCAUCGGCGGCGGCACCGCCGGCUGCCCCCUCGCCUCCACUCUCUCCCAAAAGUUCAGCGUCCUCCUCCUCGAACGCGGCGGCUCACCGUACGGCAACAGCAACAUUACUAACCUCGCUUCCUUCGCAGACACUCUCGCCGAUCUUUCACCGACCUCUGCGUCGCAGCGCUUCGUAUCGGAGGACGGCGUUAUAAACGCCCGAGCGCGCGUUCUGGGCGGCGGCAGUUGCCUGAACGCCGGGUUCUAUACUCGGGCCAGCCCGGACUAUGUUCGUCGGGCCGGAUGGAGUGAUGGGCGGCUUGUUAAUGAGUCUUAUAGCUGGGUCGAGCGGCUCGUUGCUUUUCAGCCGCCGAUGCUGCAGUGGCAAUCGGCGGUGAGGGACGGGUUGCUGGCGGCCGGUGUGACGCCGUACAACGGAUUCACCUAUGAUCACAUCUAUGGGACCAAGGUCGGUGGGACCAUCUUCGACCGUAACGGACACCGACACACGGCGGCGGACCUGCUGGCGUACGCGAAUCCAUCACGCCUGACGGUUCUUCUACGGGCGACGGCGUCCAAGAUAUUAUGGAAUUUGAAUGGGAGGAGAAAACCGGCGGCGAACGGAGUGCUGUUUAAGGAUGAGACGGGAAGGUGGAAGAGAGCGUAUGUGAAGAGAGGGGGUGAGAUUACGCUGGCGGCGGGCGCGUUGGGGAGCCCGCAGUUGCUAAUGCUAAGCGGCGUGGGGCCGAGAGCGGACUUGGAGAAGAAAGGGAUAAAGGUGGUGGUGGAUCAGCCGAUGGUGGGGAAGGGGAUGUCGGAUAAUCCAAUGAAUGCUAUAUUUGUGCCGUCGCCGACGCCGGUGGAGACUUCGUUGAUACAGGUGGUGGGGAUUACGAAGUUUGGGAGUUAUAUUGAGGCCGCUAGUGGGCAUUUUUUCGCUGGCUCGACUGGUGGUGGUGGUGGUGCGGAGGCGCCGGCGGCGAGGGAUUUCGGCAUAUUUUCGCCUCAGACAGGGCAGCUCUCCACCGUCCCGCCAAAGCAAAGAACCCCUGAGGCCAUCGAACGCGCCGUAAAAGCCAUGAACAAUCUCGACGAAUCGGGCUUUCGCGGCGGCUUCAUCCUCGAAAAAGUCAUCGGACCGCUCUCGACCGGCCACCUGGAGCUCAAAACCCUAAACCCCGACGACAACCCAUCCGUCACCUUCAACUAUUUCAGCAACCCGCUCGAUCUCCGCCGAUGCGUCCAAGGCAUCAAGACCAUCGAGAAAGUCAUUCAAACCAAACCCUUCCGCAAGUUCAGAUACCCCUUCAUCUCCAUAGAGGCUCUGCUCAACAUGACGGUGAACUUUCCGGUGAACUUGCUGCCGAGGCACCAAAACGACUCCAAGGAUCUGGAGCAGUUUUGCAAGGAUACGGUGAUGACUAUCUGGCAUUACCAUGGGGGGUGCCAGGUGGGAAGGGUUGUUGAUGGGGAUUACAGAGUUAUUGGCGUUGAUGGGCUGAGGGUGAUUGAUGGCUCCACCUUCUAUUUCUCGCCGGGGACGAAUCCGCAGGCGACGGUCAUGAUGCUUGGAAGGUACAUGGGCGUUAAGAUCCUAAAUGAGAGACUGCGAGCAAAAGGAGAAACCUGAUGUCCUUUAUGGAAUAGGAAGCUUUGAAUUAGUUUCUUCGUGUCUCUUAAUGUUGGCGUUAUGUAAUAUGGUGUAGAUCAGUCUGCUAUCUGAAUGAUUUUUGUGGAAGAAUAAGAGAAUAUAAUGAGAAGAGUUUACUACUUGGUAUUCGUUAAGAGUCUUAACUUUAUCGUGUGAUUCGUUCUGUGGUAUUUUGCUAUGUUGAAGAUA